CUUCCAGGUGGAGCACGGACGCACGGACAGACCAUGGCGCGCAAGAAAGUGCGGCCGCGGCUAAUCGCGGAGCUGGCCCGUAGGGUGCGGGCCUUCCGCGAGCAGCGGGACAGGCCGCGGGACUCACAGCGCUAUUCCCUAGACUACGAGACGCUGACGCGGCCGCACUCGGGCCGCCGGCUGCCGGUGCGGGCCUGGGCCGACGUGCAGCGCGAGAGCCGCCUGCUGCAGCUGCUUGGCCGCCUCCCGUCCUUCGGCCUGGGCCGUCUAGUCACGCGCAAGUCCUGGCUGUGGCGGCAUGACCAACCGUGCUACUGGCGCCUCACGCGUGUUCGGCCGGACUACACGGCGCAGAACUUGGACCACGGUAAGGCCUGGGGCAUCCUGACCUUCAAAGGAAAGACGGAAGACGAGCCCCGGGAGAUCGAACAGGUCAUGUACCACGACUGGCGGCUGGUGCCCAGGCACGAGGAGGAGGCCUUCACCGCUUUCACUUCCGGGCCAGAGGACACUCAGCCCUCUGUGCCCUACCCUCCACUGCUCCGGGCCAUGAUUCUAGCAGAGCGACAGAAAAAUGGGGACAACAGCACCGAGGAGCCCAUGCUGAAUCUGGGGAGAAUACGCACUGAUCCCUGGGACUACCCUGCGAAACAAGAGACAAAGAAUAAGGCUAAGGGCACUCCAGUCUAAAAUUCCAGGACCGGCAGGCUGCCUGAAGAGUGUAAGGCAGUGAGCACCAUUCUGAUGAAACAAAAUAUCCUUGGGUUACACCUGAAUCCGUUCCCCGGGUGCUGAUUAUCUUAUCCGACCUCCGUGACUCGUUCUGAGACUGCACUGAACAAAGGUUGGCGCCAGACCCUGCACCUGUGUCUCUCCUCUGACCCCGUUGCCCAACGGGGAGGCCCACAGGAGGCAGCUGCUGGGGGAAAGCUGAAAGCUGUGCUAGGGUUGUGGAGCCCCAGGGCUGGCACCUGUCACUUCCAGGUUGGCUUCCCUUCCUUAUCAAAGCGUUGCCUCAACCAGAACCAAAGCUUGAACGCGAAUAAAGGCAAAUGAAACAGC